AUACAUAUUUGGGACUUUGUUUUAAAUUGGCGAUGAGGGUGGCUCCUCUACCAUUACCUACACCUACUUGUUUAUUUCCCUCAACCAAACCAUAAACCAACCAGACCAGACCAGCCAAAAACAAAACCAAACACUCACCUUCUUCUUUUGCCUUUCGCAGUUCUCACCCUUCGGUUAUUUUCUCUAAAUUUCGCCAUUAAUGGAGGCCGAUCAACACCAGCGUGUUGAGUUCAUCUUUCGCUCCACCCUCCCUGAUAUUUACAUCCCAAAUCACCUCCCUUUACAUACAUACUGCUUUGAGAAUGUUUCCCAGUUUAAAGAUCGUCCUUGUUUAAUCAAUGGUCCUACUGGUAAGAUAUAUACUUAUGCCGAAGUUCAUCUCACUGCUCGUAAAGUGGCUACUGGCCUCAACAAUUUGGGUAUCCAACAAGGAGAUGUCAUCAUGCUUCUGCUUCAAAACUCACCGGAAUUUAUCUUUGCUUUCCUCGCUGCAUCGUUCCGUGGAGCUAUCAGUACCACCGCUAAUCCCUUUUACACUCCGGCAGAGAUUGCGAAACAGGCGACGGCGUCGAAGACUAAACUGCUUAUAACUCAAGCAGUUUAUGCGGAGAAAGUGAAGAGUUUCGCUAAAGACAACGACAUCAAGAUCGUAACGAUAGAUGCACCACCGGAAGGCUGUUUAAAUUUCUCGGAAUUGACUGAAGCUAACGAAGACGAAAUCCCGGCCGUUAAAAUCAACCCCGACGACGUUGUAGCCCUUCCUUACUCAUCGGGAACAACGGGAUUACCUAAAGGAGUGAUGUUGACUCAUAAAAGUCUCGUAACGAGCAUUGCUCAACAAGUUGAUGGAGAGAAUCCCAAUCUUUAUUUCCACGAGAAAGAUGUGAUUCUCUGUGUGUUGCCUUUGUUUCACAUAUAUUCACUCAAUUCGGUGUUGCUUUGUUCUUUGAGAGUAGGAGCUGCAAUUUUGAUUAUGCAGAAGUUUGAGAUCGUGACAUUGAUGGAGCUUGUCGAGAAAUACAAGGUAACCAUUGCCCCAUUCGUGCCGCCGAUCGUUUUGGCAGUCUCUAAGUCUCCGGUCAUUGAUAAAUAUGACCUUUCCUCUAUUCGGAUGGUGAUGUCCGGUGGUGCACCGAUGGGGAAGGAGCUAGAGGAUGCUGCUAGAGAUAGGCUUCCAAAUGCAAAAUUAGGACAGGGGUAUGGCAUGACUGAGGCAGGGCCAGUGCUGGCUAUGAACUUGGCUUUUGCGAAGGAACCCCGGGAGACAAAAUCCGGUGCGUGCGGCACAGUCGUACGGAACGCGGAGAUGAAGAUCGUGGAUCCUCACACUGGGGCGUCGCUUCCACAAAACCAAUCGGGGGAAAUUUGCAUUCGGGGCACCCAGAUUAUGAAAGGUUAUCUUAAUGAUACGGAAGCCACAAAGGUAACCAUAGACAAAGAUGGAUGGUUGCACACCGGCGACAUUGGCUACAUUGACGACGAUGAUGAGCUUUUCAUUGUCGAUCGAUUGAAGGAACUGAUCAAAUACAAAGGGUUCCAAGUCGCACCUGCUGAGCUGGAAGCAAUGUUAAUUGCCCAUCCCAACAUCUCCGAUGCUACUGUUGUACCUAUGAAAGAUGAAGCUGCUGGAGAGGUUCCAGUUGCUUUCGUUGUGAGAUCCAAUGGUUCUAAGAUCACUGAGGAUGACAUUAAGCAAUUCAUCUCAAAACAGGUUGUGUUUUACAAGAGGCUUGGCCGGGUUUUCUUCACGGAUGCAAUCCCUAAAUCUCCUUCAGGUAAGGUAUUGCGGAAAGAUCUAAGAGCAAAGCUCGCUACCAUCUAGAAAAUGCUAUCAAUACAGAUGUGGAUUUGUUGUUCUUUUUUUUUUCUCUUUUUCCUCCAUCAACCUGGGAACAAAAUGUGUUGGGCGCUGGAGAUCUUUUAAUGCCAAAGAAUUGAAUUUCUCACUUUUGGGGAACCAAGAAUGGAGGAUCAGAGUAAAAUGUUACAGCAUUUGGGCUUUCAAUGUAAAAUUUGUAUUAUUUUGUGAACAAACUCGAAAAAAACCAAUGUUGUACAACAUGUGUUUCAUUGUUUGACAAAGUUGAAACUCAAACAUUUGUUGUGCUUUAUAUAUUUGUUUUCUAUAGUUUUA